CAUAUCAAGAAUAAAAUUAAAGCACUUAAAAAAGGGAAUUAUAACCUGCACAAAUAUAAAAAUAAUCUAAUAAAAAGAAUAAUUAAUCAUCUCAAAAUAAAAAUGAAAUCGAAAGAGAAUAACAAAAAAAGUAAAAAGAAGAAGAAGAACUAUUAAAUUAAUAAAUAUCAGAUUAAAUAAGUGAAGAUGUUUACGAAAAAUUUAAAAUAUUAGAUGAAUGCGCUAAAGAAAAAAACGAAGAAAAAACAUUAAACAUUCGAAUGCAUUAAUUAGCUUUAGCAAAAAUUUUAGUAUUUACACAUGAAAAAAGCUAAUUCUUAUUAGUAGAAGCACAUACAAAACUAGGAAUAGCUUAUUUAGAUUUUAAAUGCUAUGAAUAAGCAAUAGAUCAUUUAACAACUGCAUUGAAAAAAAACGGAACUUUGUUUUCAGAAAUAAAAGAAUCUAAACUAUAUCAUUCAACUAUAUUAACUUAUCUUGGAAAAUGCUAUCUAUAUAUUCAAAGUUAUGAUGAUUCUUUAGAAUUGCUUAUAAAAGCGAAUGAAAUUUAAGUUUAAAUAAAUGGAGAAAAUGAUGUCUCAUGUAUUUAAACAUUAACUUAUAUAAGUAAUUGUUAUAGCAAAUUGAAAGAUUAUGAUAGAGCUCUUGAAUACUUAAAGAGAAUUUUAAAUAUUUCAGAAAGUAAAUAUGGAUAUAAAAGUGAAUAAAGUGCAGUUGCUUAUAUUGAUAUUGCUAAAAUUUAUGAACUUUAAAAUAGUAUUAUUGAAGCUAUUGAAUUUUAAUAGAAGGCUAUUGAAAUUCUAGAAGAAAUUGAUUAUAUUAAUGUUAAAAUAGAAUUUUUAGCAGAAUAAUACUAAGUUUUAAGUAAAUAUUAAGAAAAAGCAAAUAAAAUAGAUUAAUAAUUAUACUCACUUUAAAAAAUAAUUGAGUUAUAUUAAGAAAUUUACGGAUCUAAUGAUAAAAAAAUCAUGAAAAUAAAAAAAUAAAUAUCAUCUAUACAUUUAAAAAAUUAAAAUCAUGAAGAAGCUUUGGAUAUAUUAGAAGAAAUAGAAGAAAUCGAAAGUAAAACACAUGGAGAAAAUUCAAUUUAAGUAGCCAAAAUAUUAAGGCUAAUAGGAACAAUAAAAAUAUUAACAAAAAACUAUUUUGAUGCAUAAAAAUGUUUAUGUAAAUCAAUGAAAAUAUUCGAUGAAAAUGGAAUGAAGAAAUUUGUAAUAGAAAUCAAAGAGAAGCUUAAACUUGCGAAAGAUAUGAAAGAUAAAAAAGGAGUACUUAAAUAAAAUACUGAGGACUAUUGA